ACGAUUAUAAAACUGCACAUUCUUACGUAUCAUAUUUAGAACAAAUCUCGCCUGCUUCAUUUUCUCAACAUCUUCUCAAAAUCAUCUUCUUAACCAAGAUGAGGACGCAGGUUACGCUGCUGCUUGUCUGCAUGAUCUCCUCAGGAGCAUGUUCACUGAAAUGUUAUCCAAUUGUCGAUUAUGAUUACAACACUGGUAAAUACAUAUAUGCAAACUGCACUGAUAAAUGUGCCAGAACAACCACUUCUGUAGACAUCAAUCUUGUGAGUGGUGUAUCUGGUCUAACGCUCAUGACAGUGGAUGAUAUUACGUCUUGUGGAGCACCAGAUGUAUGUGCAAACAGCAGUAUGAAUAUCGGCGUGGUAAAAAUCGCCAACAAUACCCACUGCUGCAAUACUAAUCUCUGCAACAACAAAACUCUGCCAGUAAUGCCACAGCAGUCCAUCAACGGGAGAAAGUGUUACACCUGCAAUGAUAUUGACUGCUCUCAAAAACUGUAUUGUGAGGGAGAAGAAGAUCGCUGCAUCACUGCAAUAGUUGCUCAAGGAACCAAGACAAUGACAAUGAAAGGAUGCACAACCAGGAACAUCUGCAACACAACUUUCUUCAGAGCACAUGGGCUCAUCAUAACAGAUGUGGAGUGUUGUGAGGGGAACUUCUGUAAUGGUGCUGAGAUCUUCACACUAAGUUUCCUCCUCAUCUUCAUCGCUCUGCUCUCCUCCAUCAUCUUCUAACUGAAAAUCCAUUCAUGUGCCUAUAUUAUGAUAUUUUCUAAUAGAUGGAUAGAUGUACAGACAGGUCUGUGAACUACAGACAUUCUUUUCUCUUUUGCAUGUUUUUUUCAUCAACCAGAUGUAAGAAUAAAUAGCAUUUCAACAUUUAACUGCAUCUCCACAGUAAGAGUAAUAGCUAUUAUUAGCAAAAUCUAAAGAAUAAUAUGUUCAAAGCAGGAAACUAAUUCUCACUUUGACUAUCAGAAUCAUUCACAUCUGUUUCCCCGCCUGAGGUAAAGUUCUCUCAAGAAUCAUCAUCGUCAUCAUCAUCAUCAUUGUCUGUACACUACAUUGAUCUCUGUUCAUGCUGUUCAGCCUCGAUAUGAAAAUCAAUUUCCUGUACUUUACUUUACUAUUAGCUUAUUUAAGCACUUUAAUUCACUAGCUAUCCAUAGCUAAUAAUCAAGAACCGAGAAAAUCACACUUAGCAAGGUAAUGGCAUUUUCAGACAUCUUUAAUGACAUUUUUUUAUUUCUCCACUUGUUUGCAUAAGAAAAUAGAAAGUAGCAUAAAUAAAAACAUCGAUGAAAUCUGUUUUCUUAAACCA